AUGAACGAUUACACAAGGUAUCGCCUUCGUAAUUUGGACUUUACAACUAGGGAAACACUUCUUAAAACCCUCAUUCCACAGAUACGGUAUGUCCAAUUUAAUGCCGCUCAUCUUUAUCAAGCUAUUGUCGACGCAGGCAACCGUGCCGACUGGUCAGAAUUAGCUGAAUUUCGCUCUGCUCGCUCAAAAAUUACACGCAGAAAACAUUUAUGGAGCUUCUUAAGUUUCAUGUUACGUUGGAACGUACCAGACACGGUGUACGACAAAUACUGCCAACGCUCAUAUGACAAAGCUCUUACUUUAACAACUCCGGUUAAAACUUAUCAUGAGUUGCUCCAACUCCUUCGCGAACUUGACGCCUUACCUUACUUGAGACCUAAUUUUGAUACGGUCAUAGUACAACUCUUAAGAACCGCGUUCCUGCACAAACCAAUCCAUAAAGUUAUCAAACAAAUCCACAAAGAAACCACAUCUUAUUGGGAUUUCUGUUACGUUUUCGAUUCAAGCUUUUAUGAAUUGGUUCCACCUAACAUUAAAGGUAAACCAUGUCGCCGUCCUCCUGUCCAUCACUUUUUAAGGAAUGGUUUACCACGUUGUUAUCGGGACUUACCCACCACUCCCACACCAAUUGCCGCCACUGCGCUUAAACCCAUUACACAUAUUCCUGAUACAAAUCAUCAACUUAUCGUUAGUACUCUGGACUUAGAAACAACUCCUGACACAGCUCCAGAAACACUCAAAGACAUUAUUGAUGAAAACAAAGCACAGAAACUUGAAAUCACAUCUUCACCUGCACGUCCAGAUAAGCACAGAGUCAAUAUCAACCGGACUGCUCCUUUUCCACCAAAUCGGCCUCUUUCUAAAACCGCUAUGGCCGCUGAAUUAGCUAUCACCAACAGCACAACGGGAUUGCUGGGACUUGGUACGAUGGCACUCACUACUAGUCAUCGCCACAGUCCACCUUGUGUUGUCUUUAAGAAACCCGACCCCCGGGGUAUCGUGUAUAACUCUCGUGACAUCAAUUACAGACACGUUAGAGAGUAUUACCGGGAAUCACCGACUUUGCAGCCUUUAAGUCACGAAUUAUCCAGCGCUUACAAUCAAUUGCGCAUUUACUUUGCCACAUAUAAAUGGCCUACUACUUUUUUUGACACCAGUUGGGCAUUAUUCAUUCCAAAAAAUUGUCCAUUGAAAUUACAUACAUUAUCAAAUUUUUUUUCAGUGGGGUGCGGAGAGGGUACCGCCUUAUCACAAGGCACCUUUUAA